AAUGUAAUGGACUCUGCAAGUUGCAUCAAUUAUUGAACACCUACUUGCGUCUCCUUAGCACUCUUUCUGUCUAAACCAGUUUCUCAUUUCCUUAUAACUUUUCAACUCUUUCUUUUCUAAAAAAAUGGCCGAAGCUUUACUUAGAGCUGCGUUUGAGAAAGUGAAUUCUCUCCUACAAAGUGAAUUUUCUACCAUUUCUGGAAUCAAGUCAAAGGCCAAAAACCUAUCAACCUCCUUAAAUCACAUCGAGGCUGUUCUUGUAGAUGCUGAGAAGAGACAAGUCAAAGACAGCUAUAUUAAGGUAUGGCUCCAACAACUCAAAGAUGCUGUUUAUGUGCUCGAUGAUAUCCUUGAUGAGUGUUCGAUCGAGUCUGCUCGACUUGGAGGCUCAUUCUCUUUCAACCCAAAGAACAUCGUGUUUCGCCGUCAGAUCGGCAACAGGUUGAAAGAGAUUACAAGAAGAUUGGAUGAUAUUGCUGAUAUUAAGAACAAAUUUCUUCUACGAGAUGGUACUGUAUAUGUUAGGGAAAGCUCAGAUGAAGUAGAUGAAUGGCGUCAAAUCAACUCCAUUAUUGCUAAACCAGAAGUGUUUGGACGAAAAGAUGAUAAAGAAAAGAUUUUUGAGUUUCUUCUCACCCAUGCGAGGGACUCUGACUUCCUUUCCGUCUACCCCAUUGUUGGUUUAGGUGGUAUUGGUAAAACAACUCUUGUUCAAUUGGUCUACAAUGAUGUUAGGGUGAGGGACUAUUUUGACAUAAGAUCUUGGGUUUGUGUUUCCGAGACUUUCUCUGUCAAGAGGAUUUUGUGUUCUAUUAUAGAAUAUAUUACAGGAGAGAUAUGUGAUGCCUUGGAUUCAGAUGUAAUACAAAGAAAGGUGCAAGAAUUGUUGCAAGGGAGAAUAUAUUUGCUGAUUUUGGAUGAUGUGUGGAAUCAAAAUGAACAAUUGGAAUCUGGGUUAACACAAGAUAGAUGGAAUCGUUUGAAAUCUGUUUUGUCGUGUGGAUCAAAAGGUAGUUCCAUUUUAGUGUCCACCCGUGAUAAAGUUGUUGCAACAAUCAUGGGAACAUGCCAAGCUCACUCUUUGUCUGGUCUCUCUGAUAGUGAAUGUUGGUUGUUGUUCAAAGAAUAUGCAUUGGGACAUUAUAGAGAAGAGCGUGCAGAACUUGUAGCAAUAGGAAAGGAGAUAGUAAAGAAAUGUAAUGGAUUGCCUCUUGCAGCAAAAGCAUUGGGAGGUUUGAUGAGCUCAAGGAAUGGAGAAAAGGAAUGGCUUGAUAUUAAAGACACUGAGCUUUGGGCUUUACCAGAAGAAAAUUAUAUUUUGCGUUCUUUGAGGUUGAGUUACUUUUAUUUAACACCGACCCUAAAGCAAUGUUUCUCUUUUUGUGCUAUAUUUCCCAAGGAUAGGGAAAUCUUGAAAGAAGAAUUGAUUCAGCUUUGGAUGGCUAAUGGAUUGAUUUCAUCUUGGGGUAAUACGGAGGUUGAAGAUGUUGGCAUCAUGGUUUGGGAUGAAUUGUACCAAAAAUCAUUCUUUCAAGACAAAAAAAUGGAUGAAUUUUCUGGCAACAUUUCAUUCAAGAUGCAUGAUCUUGUCCAUGAUCUCGCUAAGUCAGUAAUGGGGCAAGAAUGUAUAUAUUUGGAGAAUGCAAACAUGACUAGUUUGUCAAAAAGCACACACCACAUAAGUUUUAACUCUGAUAAUUUGUUAUCAUUCGAUGAGGGUGCCUUCAGAAAAGUUGAAUCCUUGCGAACAUGGUUUGAGUUUUCUACUUUUCCAAAAGAAGAACAGGAUUACUUCCCAACAGACCCUUCUCUUCGGGUUUUAUGCACAACCUUUAUCCGGGGGCCAUUACUAGGUAGUUUAAUUCAUUUAAGGUAUUUGGAGCUUCUUUAUCUUGACAUACAAGAGUUGCCUGACUCAAUUUACAACUUACAAAAACUGGAAACCUUGAAAAUAAAACAUUGUGGUGAACUGAUUUGUCUCCCAAAACGCUUGGCUUUCUUACAAAAUCUUAGACAUAUAGUUAUUGAAUAUUGUAUAUCUUUGUCUCGAAUGUUUCCUAACAUUGGAAAAUUAACUAGUCUAAAAACAUUAAGUGUGUACAUUGUUAGUUUAGAGAAAGGGAAUAGCUUGUCAGAGUUACGUGAUCUAAACCUCGGUGGAAAACUGCGUAUCGAAGGCUUAAAAGAUUUUGGCAGUUUAUCUCAAGCUCAAGCGGCUGAUUUGAUGGGUAAAAAAGACCUUCAUGAAUUAUGCUUGUCAUGGGAAAGCAACUAUGGAUUUACCAAUCCCCCAACUAUUAGUGCUCAGCAAGUACUCGAAGUGCUUCAACCUCACUCAAAUCUCAAGUGCUUGAAAAUAAAUUACUAUGACGGAUUAUCAUUACCAAGUUGGAUAAUUAUUCUUAGUAAUUUAGUUUCUCUUGAACUUGGGAAUUGCAAGAAAGUUGUGCGACUUCAGUUAAUUGGUAAACUACCGUCUCUAAAAAAACUGGAAUUAUCUGAUAUGGAUAAUCUGAAAUACUUGGAUGAUGAUGAAUCUCAGGAUGGUGUGGAGGUGAGGGUUUUCCCAUCUCUGGAGGAACUCCAUUUACUAUGCCUACCAAACAUAGAGGGGUUAUUGAAAGUGGAAAGAGGGGAGAUGUUUCCUUGUCUUUCUGAGUUGAGAAUCACAGCUUGCCCUAAACUUGGAGUGCCAUGUCUUCCAUCUCUUAAAUCCCUCUAUGUAUUGGGAUGUAACAAUGAGUUACUGAGGUCAAUCUCUACCUUCCGUGGUCUUACUGAGCUUUCCCUAGAUUACGGUAGAGGAAUAACAUCCUUCCCAGAGGGGAUGUUCAAAAACCUUACUUCUCUUCAAUCACUGGUUGUAAAUGAUUUCCCAACACUGAAGGAGUUACAAAAUGAACCCUUUAACCAAGCUUUGACGCAUCUGCGUAUCUCUGAUUGUAAUGAGCAAAAUUGGGAAGGUCUGCAAUCCCUUCAAUAUCUAUAUAUUUCUAAUUGUAAAGAAUUGCGAUGCUUUCCGGAGGGUAUUAGACACCUCACUUCUCUUGAGGUUCUGACAAUCAAUGAUUGCCCAACAUUAAAGGAACGAUGCAAAGAGGGAACAGGGGAGGAUUGGGACAAGAUAGCUCAUAUUCCAAAAAUACAGUUGGAGUAGGUGACAAUGAGUCCCUGGUGGGGGUAUCGAGGAUUGCGAUUUUGACAAUCGGGGCAUGGGUCGGAGCUCUGUGCCCAUUAGCAAGUCUGAUCAUCAAGAACAAAGAUCAUGCCAAGGAUGCAAUUACUUUGUUGGGUCGUUUAGGUUGGAAAAAGGCUCAUGUUUUUGGGCACUCAACGGGAUCUAUGAUAGCAGCAAUGGUUCCUGAUAGAAUUCAACGUUUUCAAUGUUUUUCAAAGGUUUAUGUUCUCCAACUAAAACAUUAGAGGAGCAAUGCAAGGACGGAACAGGAGAGGACUGGAACAAGAUAGCACGUAUUCCGAACUUAGACUUUUGGUGAUGUUGCUUUUAUGUUCAAUAGGAAUCAAGAAGCAAAGGUAUUGUGUUUGUGUUUCUGCUUCUGGCUGGUCAAAUAGGCCAUUGUGAAUACACAUGUCAUUGCACCACAUGUUUGGAUUUCAAGUGCUCAACUCACUGAAUUUUAAAACAUUGUUAUAUAUGCUCCAUAUGAGUGAUUUUCAGGCUUUGGUUGAAUUGGUUUGAACCUAUUUCGAAGAAUGAACACUGGAGUACACGGAAGAUCUUUAUUGGUCAUCCUUCGGGGAAAUAUACAAUUAAUUGUGCAGAGGAUCCUGAUAUUCAUUACAAAUACAUUGGAGAAACUUCUAAAACUGGAUAAAUUAAUGAGGCAGAGCAUGUGAUAUGGAAUCAAAGUUUGAUUGAUAUGACAAAGAACUGCAUGAUAAAGGCCUAUCUUCCAGACGCACAGCCAUUGAUUAAUCUGUGUUAUUGUUUUGGGUUUGUGUCGUAUAUGUUGUGGAAUGCUGCUGAAUCCCGACUUCGUUUGUGUCAGACAAUGUUAAUUAACCAAGUUGCAUCCACUGCUUUUCCUGAAUGAGAAAUCAAUUGUUUUAUUUUAUAACAAAGUGAAUUUUCCAUCUUUUAA